AGUGUACUUCCGAUGUCGCCGAGGCAAUUCCUAGAAGGCACAAAAAUUGUUUUCUAGCCAUCGCUUUCAUCGGACGCCCGCUCAUUCAUUUGUGCGUAGGAUAGCCCAACAAGGCUAAUGGAUUAGGGAGAUGACGUCGAUAGUUUGCAACCGACGUCCUGUUACCUUUUAUCUCUUGCCUUCCAUCGGCUAAUCAUUUUCAGAGAAAAUGUACGUAAAUCAUAGUCCUCGAAGCCGUCAAGAAAUGUCCUCGCUCAGCCCAAAACACGCUGCUCCAAUUGCUGCUGUUAAAGGGAUAUCUCCAAGAAAUCAGGGACGGCAUCGAUCACGAGCUGAAUCUCCGUUAUCCACGGAUGCGCAUCUCUACAAUGUUGCUGCUAUGUAUGACGUUGUCAGCCCUUUUGGAAGUCCCGGAGAUAGCCGUUCAUCAUCAGUCGCAAGUGUAAAAAGUCUUCUUAGAGAACGAACUGAACGUGAAGUUGCAGUUUCGCUAGCAAGGGACCGUUCUUUAGAUCGUCAACUAGAUCGCCAUUAUGGUUUGAUGGGCCAUCCUCAUAUGGGUUCCAGAUCCUUAGAACGAGGUGAUAAUCUUGUUCGGUCACGUUCUAUAGAACAAGAUGUUGCUUUCUCAAAUGCCAAUGGUAUUUUCGAAUUACAAGCUCAAGUAACUGAAUUGUCUCGGGCUUGUUCAGUGAUGCGUUGCGAAUUAGACGCAGUUAGAGAGAAGCUGUCGGCCUCUAUGAAUUCUAUUAAAACGUUUUGGAGUCCUGAAUUGAAAAAGGAGAGAGCUCUACGAAAAGAAGAGAGUGUCAGAUUGGCUAGAAUUUCGGAUGAAUUAAAGAUUGCCCAGGAAGAAAUCUCGAUUCUGAAAAGCAUUAAAAGUGCUGAAACUCCUACUUCUCCUACACGUAAAAAUUGUUCCAACGAAGAAACAACUAGAGCUUUAAAGGAAGCAUCAAUUCUGAGAAAAACGGUUGAAGAAAUGGAAUUACGUAUUGCCACACAAAAAGCAACACUUGCGGCUAGGGACGAAAGCGUUCAGAAAUUAAUGGAUAUGCUGCAUUCGAAAAGUGGUGAAUCUUCUAAAGAUGAGGCGUCUCUACGACAGAGAUUGGCCGAAGCAGAACUAAAAAUGCAUACUUCGGAUGGACGUGUUUUGGAAUUAGAGAAUGAACUAAAGCAAGCUUUUGCGCAGAACAACGAAAAGGCGGAAACGGAAGCUCGAGAAAUUCAUACAAACUACGCAAAUGCCUUAACAAAAGCUGGUGAAGUCGAUUCUUUAAAAGCGAUUAUCGAAACUAAAGAUUCCAAGAUUUUAUCUCUGGAAAACGAAUGUAAAUUAAAUAAAGAAUUAUUGCAAAAGUACCAGCAGUCUACGACUUCUCAGGAUGAAAUAUUAAAACAGGAAAUUGCCUUAUUUAAAGAGCGAAUAUCUCAAGCCGAAACUGCAGAGAAUUUAGGCAGGACUGAGAUCAAUAAACUGCAGAAGAAGAUAGCGGAAAAUGAAAAGCAUAUAGACGAGUUGAAUGCAAAUUUGCAAGCGACUAAUCAGACGGCUGAAGAAUUAAAGAAGCGGCUAUCCGAUAGAGAAGUAAAUAAGAAACAAACUGACAAAACCUUAGCAGAAACCGAAAAUGAAAUACAACGUCUGCGCAACGAGUUGAACAAGAACAAACAACAAACUGAACUAAAAAAUGUCGAAGUUCGAAAGCUACUACAUGAAAUUGAAGAGCUAAAGAGAGUUUUAUGUGAGAGAGAAGAAUAUGGAGUUAAUGCGAAUAAAACUUUAGACGCUACUCGAGCGGAAAUGAGCGAAAUGGAAUGCGAAUUGGAAGAGUGUCGGAACGCUUUGGCAGUAAAGGAUAGGAAAUUAUCGACGUUGAUGCAAGAGGUUGACGUUCUGGAAUCGAAUAUUCGUGGAAAAGACAACUCUCUUGUCGAUUAUAAAAAACGAUUUGAUGUUUACGAGCAAGAGCUGAAAGAGAAGCACAGUGAAUUGGCCAAUGCACAGGAACAAUUGAAACAACAUCGCGAAAAAUUAGAAAAAGAGAACGAUAAGACAUCUCAGGAACGCCAACAACAAUCUAUGAUAGUUGAUCAACUGAAAGAAGCCUUGACCGAAUUAGCCCAACGAGUAGAUUCUUCACAGUCCGAACUUACAAAUAAAGAACGUGAAGUGGGUGAACUUCGCGCUGCGUUAACUAAACGCGAAGACGAAGUCAAAUCACUUCGUGGAAAUAAGGAUACAGAGAUGCUUAAAUUGAGAAAUCAGUUAGCCAAUAGGGAAUCUCUUUUGAAUGAACUUCAAACAAACAGCGAUUCUCAAAUGGCAAAUCUACAAACCAAACUGACGGAAAAAGACAAUCAAAUUAGCGAUUUACAAAUGCAGUUAGCAGAGACGGAAGUUGAACUGGAUACUGUUAAAGAGCAAUUAGAAAAUGCCCAAAAAUCGUGCAAAUCUGCAACAGAAGAAAGAAAUAAGGCCCAUGAAAAGGUUAAACAGGCUCAGAACGAAACAGAUCGAUUACUGGAAUUACUUUCAACCGUAGAAGGGGCUAAAGCUGAAGCCGAGCGAGAAUUAAAUGAGCUGCACGACCAGGUUAAGAGUCUAAGAAAAAUGCAGCAAGCCGAAAAGAAGAAAUCGGAUCAAGCGAACGAGGAUGUUUCUCAAUUUAAGAAAGCAAUACAAGAACGUUCCGGAAGAGUAGGGGAACUAGAGGAAGCAUUACGUCAAUCCGUCACUAUAACUGCUCAACGUGAACUAGUUGUUAAUGAACUGGAAGAAGAAUUACGAAGGGAGCGAAAGUGCAAUGAAGAUAUGCGCAAAACUAAUGAACUAUUGCAGAAGCGUCUAGGUAGUAUGCGCGAUGAACAUGCGGAUCAAAUGCGCGACGUCUUUGAUUUAAAGCAAGAUGCUUUACAAUCGGCUAUAAGCGAGAAAGAUGCUCACCUUGCUCUAUUAGAACAACGUGGCGAUUGUAGGAAUGGUGAGAUGGUUCUAAAACUUAAAGAGCAGAGAGUACAAUUACAGCAAAGACUUAAGGAUCUAACACAAUCUCAAGUACACAUGAUGCAUAAUCAGGAAUUGACUAUGCAGUUAGUCAACUCGUCAGAGGAGUCGGGUGAUUCAGAAGAUGACGAAGAAGAAAUGGCUGGCUUCUCUUGA